UCAAAAAAAAAUCACCUCCAUCACUGUUCAGGUCACACGCAUCCCUCAAACCCUGUUCUGUCUGACUGACUGACUGAAUGAAGAUACUUUAAGGGAGCUCGCGUCAGCGGAGAUGUUGGCAGGUGCGUUAGUUCUGGGCACCAUCCUUACAGCUUUACCAGGUAUCGAGAGCAGGUGGAGUGUGUCAUUUUCCAGGAGGGAGAUCUGUGUGUGGGCAGGAACAACUGUGACUUUGCCCUGUCGUUAUGACUACCCAUCAGGUCACACCAUGAAGCGGGUCAUGUGGUUCCGUGUGUCUUCAGAAGGUCGUAGGGAGUUCGCUCACCACACCGACCCAAACCAGAUUAGCCUGUCGUACCGUGGACGUACACGCUACAUCGGGGGCAGCUAUUCCAGCUGUUCAGUCCAGAUUCGGGUUGUGAAGCUGAGUGAUGCAGGCGAGUACCACUUCCGGUUUGAGACAGACCAACCACUGGGGAGAUGGACCUCCCCUAACACCAUCACUCUCGAUGUCACCGACCUCCAGGUCCAGGUGCAUCCAGCAAGGCCCAGCAACAUGUUUGGCUUCGGAGAGACUGUGUUUGUUGGCUGCCAGGCCAGAGGAUGUGCAGCUCCUGGAAGGAGUCUUGCACUGUACAGGAACGGACUAAACCUUGGCUCCUAUGAGAAGUGGAUGAUUAUCAACCGCUUUGACCAGCAGCAUGCCGGAGCGUACACCUGUCGACCAAUCCCACCACAGAAUGUCCAGUCACCAUCCCUCUCCCUAGCUCUGGGACACGCUCCUAAUUCCACCUCCAUAGCAGUCUUCCCAGUAGGCGACAUGUCAGAGGGGGGGUCGGUCACUCUGACCUGCCGUAGCAACGCAGCUCCACCUGUGGAGAGCUUUGCAUGGUUCAAAGACAUGGACAGUGGCAGCAUCCCAGACAGCUUUAGGCCUCAGCUCCUCCUGUCCCACCUCAGAUACACAGACAGAGGAGAGUACUUCUGUGUAGCACGUAACUCACUGGGAACAGACCGCUCCAAACCACUUCUACUCAAUGUCACUUACUCUCCAAAGAACACGCGUGUGCUCGUGAGUCCUCCAGGUGACAUCAGAGAAGGCUCAUAUGUAAACCUGAGCUGUGUCAGCCACGCCCACCCUCCAGCCAGCAGGUAUGCUUGGUAUCGUAUCCUAGGUGACCAGGUGUUGGCUAAAGGAACCCCCCAGAACCUGACAUUACCGUUAGUGCGUGCUCAACAUGCUGGUCAGUACUACUGUAAAGCAUGGAACCGGUUAGGAUACCAAACCUCUCCUGUUGCUACACUGACUAUACUUUACCCUCCUAAGAACACCUCAGUUCUGGCUCGUCCCUCCAGUGUGGUGGAUGCUGGCCGGCCUUUGACCUUGACCUGCAGCAGUCAGGCCAACCCUGCAGUGGACAACUUCACAUGGCACCGCUUAUCUCUGGACGGGGGCUCUGUACAAUCAUGGGGCACAAAGUCUGGUCCUGUCUUCACCUUCUCAGAGGUCGGCCCUGGAGAGAGCGGUCAGUACUACUGUGAGGCCAGGAAUCGAAUUGGAGCCCACAGCUCUCCCGUCCUCACUGUACGAGUCAGAGGUCGUCUUAAGGUCAUUGCCUUGGCGUCAGCAGUAGGCGUGUCUGCUGGACUCAUCACUCUCACAGUCGCCAUUAUGAUCAGUAAGAACAUGCACAGAGUAGACAUGGAGUCAGGAGAUGUAGCAAACAAGCGCCCGUCAGUGACAGCUGACACCAUGUUCUAUGAGUCAGCUCAACAGACCUUUCCAGUGAGAAAGGGCAAGAUGUCCGACAUACCGGAGGAGCCAGAGGACUUGAGUGACAGCUCCCAUCCUGCCAUCGUUCCUCUAAAGGAUGCUCCACCAAUCACAGAAGUUGAAAGUCACAGCCCCGCCCCCAACUACAUCACUGUCCACUACUCCAAGUUGUCCAGUGCAGAGCAGGUGCAGGUCCACAACGUGCCACUGGGUGGUGAAAAAAAGCCAAAAGAUUCCUCCAAAGUUGUUUACACUCUACUGCCCCAGCCUCGCCACUGGAAUGUACAAAGCAGUAAGUCAGCUUGCUUAUGUUGGUUGACUUUAAUCAUGGAAAAACUGAAUCUACUUAUUCUGGUAAUAAUGCCAGGUGUCUGGAGCGCAGACUGGGGGGUGACCUUCAAAAGUCAGUGUGCUUUGAGAGGGACAUCAGUAGUUAUGAGCUGCAAGUAUGACUAUCCCGUUGGUCAUGUUGUCACUUCAGUUAAAUGGUCUAAAGCCCAGCGUGUGUCUGGCCUGUGGAAGCUGUUCUACCUGUCAAGCCUCCCUUCACCCCCAGGCCACUUUAAAUAUGUGGGCAACUACUGGAGUGACUGUAGUCUGGAGAUCAAUAAUGUACAACACGCUGAUGAAGGACAAUACUUUUUCAGUUUUUCAACUACAUUGAACAGAUGGACAAGUAAAACAUAUGCUCAUUUGUUCGUAAGAGAGUUGACCACAGUUGUGCAGCCGAGCACUGUGACAGAGGGAGAUAAUGUCAGUCUGACCUGUGCGUCAGGUUGUUCUACACCUUUAGAUGUAGUCUGGUUCAGAGAUGGAGAGCCUGUAACAAAUCCAGUCUUCCAGGCCAGGAGAGAAGAUGCUGGGAGGUACUACUGUGCCAUCCCGGGACAAGAGACGGUCAGAUCAGCCUCUGUGGCUCUGAAUGUUCAGUAUGCUCCCAAAAAAGUCACACUGUCAAUGAGUCCAUCUGGAGACGUUGUCAAAGGAAGUCUAGUGACUCUCACCUGCAGCAGUGAUGCCAACCCACCUGUGACACAGAGUGGAUACAGGCUGUAUAAAGACAGGCAGUUUAUCAGUUCAGGACUGAAUCACACCAUCUCUGACGUCCAGCCCGGCCACAACGGACUGUACCACUGUCAGGCCUGGAAUAAUAUCGGCGACUUCGUUAACUCAACUGAGGUUCACCUAGAUGUCCAGUAUGGUCCAGUGAACAUUUCCGUUUCAAUGAACCCUCCACACAUUGUUGGAGGCAGCAGUGUAAACCUGAUCUGCAACAGUACUGCUAACCCUGCAGCAGACAACUACACCUGGUACAAGAGGACAGCUUCUUCCAGCUCCAUGGUCCAGGUGGGCUCAGGACAGGUGAUGUCUAUUCCCUCUGUGGAGGCGUCCCACACUGGACUCUAUCUCUGCCAGGCCAGGAACCUACUGGGCGUGGACAACUCAACUGAGGUUCUGCUGGCCAUGAAGGAAGAUGAGCAUGGCAGCUCGUCCCUCCCACUAAUAGCUGGAGUUGCAGUCUCUCUUCUGGUAACACUUGUGUUAGCUCUUCUUUUGUUCUGGAGAAAACAGACGACCCAUAAGGAGAAAAAACAGACUGUGUUUGAUCUCAGUGAAAGAGGCUCGAGCUCUUCAGCCACUGAAGAUCAAUCCAACAGCAUUUAUGCCAACUUCCACAUGUUUCCCUCCACUCCUCUACCUGUUACUAGCAUCACUCCUCAUUCACAGAGGAGCUCAAGCGGUGAACAUGAUGACCUCAUGUCUUAUGAAGAUGAGGUUACCUACUCAACAGUGACCAUCAAACCCAGAAACCCCAGACAUCCUCGUCACAUAGACAACAGCAGUGCCCCACAGGACCUCUGGUCCGAAGCAGGAGAGAGUGACGACUCUGUGAUCUACGUUACACUGGCUAAAUCCAGCUGAGUCUGACUGAAACCUCUCACUCCUUUAAGUGCAGUUUCAUCGUCAUAAAAGAAAACUAAAGUAUGCUGAAUGUCACAAAUCUUCCUCUGAAGUUUUGUAAAGUUUUAUUAAGAUGUAUUAAAAUGUAUUUUUUGUUGUAUUUAUUAUAUUCAUUUAUACUACUGUGUUUUGUUUAGUUUGUACAGUAAUAAAGUAAUAAUGACUAAA